AGCGAGCGACACAUUGAUGCUGCGGGUGUCACGGUUAAUUGAGUGAUGUCACCGGGAACGGUGUUUUUUUCUAGAUAGGCGGUUACUGCUUUUAUAAAUAAGAGGCGGGCUGGUGAUGCAAUAAGCAACGGGUAGCUCCUCUAGGCUAUGCGAUCAGCAUCAAAUACAGCCUAUAUAGGCAGCUUGACCCCAUUAAAAUAGCAUCCUCUUCUCUAAUCUGGGAAGAACAAAGCAAACCAUGAUGUUGCCAACGUCCUUGGUUUGUGAAGACUGGUGGAUGUAUGACGGCAUAGAUCGAGCGCAUUGAUUUUAUAGUGCCUGCCAGGGAAUAAGGGAAAGUCCCUCCUACAGUCAGGGCACAGCGAUGAUGUUCUUCUUGAAUCACUUCAGGCAACGUAUGUAGUCUAUACUACGGGCCUGCCUCGCCCCCGGUUGCACGCGCCGUGCAUGGACAGGCUCGGGACUGUCGGUGCUCAUGCAGUCAGCUGAGCCCGAGCCAUCUACAACGUGUGCGUUUCGGUAUAACGCUAUUGUUAGAUUGGUCGGUAGUCGUUGGCUAGUAGUGGAGCAUGCUGCACGAGCUUUCCAUCUCGGUAUUCGGUAGGCCUACUAGUCAACUGCUGAACAAAAGCGCGCAAGGCGAUACGGUGGGAUAUGAUGUGAUGUGAUGCCGCGCAGGAUCACGGUGACAGUAGCGGAGAAACGGGAAUGCGCGCGACUACGGACGGGAAUCGCUGCUAGGAUACAGAAGAGAACAUGGGGACGGGGCCGCGCGAUGACUGACUGACUUUCUCCCGGUAACGACCAUCUCUGCAUACCGAGGGGUUCAAAAAGGAAAGAAAAAAAGAACAGACCAGCCUCUCGUUGAAGGCGUGGAGGAUCUAUCGGAGAGGAUGAAUCCCGGGGACCCUGCCCAAACCGGACCCGGUGAAGCCGGUCAGGACGGGUUGGCUAAAGCAGGGGGUGCGCGGGGGGAGGGGGUGAGAGCGGUGGAUGUGCUGACAGUUCUGAGGGAAAAAGUGGCCUUUGUUUCAGGGGGGAGGGACAAGAGAGGCGGGCCCAUCCUCACCUUCCCAGCGCGGACCAAUCAUGACCGAGUGAAACAGGAGGAUCUAAGCAGACUGGUCACCUAUCUGUCCACCAUACCCAGUGAUGACGUGCGUGCCAGGGGCUUCACGGUGGUCGUAGACAUGCGUGGUUCUAAGUGGGAGAGCGUCAAGCCGUUGCUACGGACACUCCAGGAGGGGUUCUCCGCCCACAUUCACAUGGCCCUCAUCAUCAAACCAGACACCUUCUGGCAGAAACACAAGACCAACCUGGGCAGCGCCAAACUCACCUUUGAGACCAGUCUAGUGUCGGUGGAGGGCCUGUCCAAGCUGGUGGACCCGUCCCAGCUGACCUCUGACCUGGGCGGUUCUCUGGAGUAUGACCAUGUGGAGUGGACGGAGCUACGGCUGGGCCUGGAAGAGUUCUCAGGGGCUGCUGGGCAACUGUUGGCCCAGCUAGAGCAGCUGGAGGCUGGGCUGACCCGCGUAGGCGAGCCCCAGGGCGUGGAUGAGGCCCGCAAGCUGCUAGAGGAGCAUGGCCGACUACGUACCACCGUUGCCACGGCUCCCAUCGAUGCCAUCGACCGUGAGGGGCGAAGCUUGCUCCAGCGCAUGCGGCUUGGACCCGCCCACAACGGUGAAGCCCCUAGCGAUGUGCCCAGCAGUAACCAAGGUUACGGAAGCUGGUUGUCGGGCGGGGCUGAUUUCCAGAGUGUAGCUCCGAAGGUGGCCGCCCUGCUGGAGAGGCUGCAGACUGCCAGGACACACCUGCAGCAGAGCUGGACCGAACGGAAAGCACACCUAGACCAGACCUUACAGCUGCAUCUAUACGAACAGGACGCUGCCAAGAUGUCUGAGUGGAUAGCCCACAGUAAGGAUCUGUUCCUGCAGAGUCAGACAGAGGUUGGCCUCAACCACCAGCAUGCCCUGGAACUCCAGACCCAGCACCAGCACUUCACCAUCAACUCUAUGAACGGGAGUGUGAACGUGGACGGGGUGGUCUCCGUGGCGAUGCAGUUGUGUGAGGGGUGUCACUACGGAGCGGAGCGGAUCGCGUGUGUCUCGUCACGGCUACAGGAGGACUGGAAAGGGCUGACGUCAGUGCUGGAGGAACGCAGCAACACACUGGUCAUGUCCACCGACUUCCACCAGGGGGCAGAACAGUUCCUGGGGCGUGUGGAAAGCUGGUGUGAGGCGUGUGCUGACGACUCGUUGUCGGCGGAGAUGGCGGAGCUGGAGGCGUCCAUACAACAACACCAGACGCUCUACGAGGAGAUAACAUCAGCCUACACACAGGUCAGUGAGAGCGGUAAAGCCCUAUUGGAAGUGCUUCAGCGUCCGACGGAGCCUGACGAGUCUGGGUUACCAGCUUCAACCACUGACUUCACAGCCGCAACGCACGGCAUCAUGGAAGUUCUCCACGAGGUCAUGCAGGGUCACCAGCAUGUCGAAGGGGCGUGGCAACACCGCAAGCUCCGCCUACACCAGCGUCUGCAGCUGUGUGUGUUCCAGCAGGACGUACGGCAGGUUCUGGACUGGGUGGAGCAGCAUGGAGAGGUGUUUCUCAAUAAGCACACCGGUGUGGGGAAGAGCCUCCACCGAGCGCGAGCACUGCAGAAACGCCACGACGACUUUCAACAGGUGGCCCAGAACACCUAUACCAAUGCUGAGAAGCUGCUGGAGGUGGCAGGCCAGCUGGCCCAGUCAGGGGAGUGUGAGGAGGGGGAGAUCUACUCUGCUGCUGGGGACCUGGAGCUCCGCAUGCAGGCCUUCAUACAGAGAGUAGUGCAGAGGAAGCUACUGCUGGACCUCGCUGUCUCCUUUUACACACACACCAAAGAGCUGUCAGUGUGGAUGGAGGGUCUCCAGAGGCAGAUGGCGGGGGAGGUGUGUGUGUGUCCUGACUCAGUGGAGGCUCUACAGGCUCUUAUCAGCCAGCAGCAGCAGCAACAAGCCAACACACAGGACGCCUCGCUCUCUGUCAUCAGGGAGGGAGAGGACCUCAUUCUACAGCUCAGGCCCCAGGGCAGUUCAGUGGGCCAUGUGGAGUCAGUGCUGCAGUCAUUGGAGGAGGCCCAGGUCCAGCUGGAGGAGCUGUUCCACCAGAGGAAGAUCAGGCUGGACGUCUAUCUGCAGCUACGCAUACUACAGCAGUGUUCUCUGGAGGUGUCAGGGGAGAUGGAGGCGUGGAAGCAGGACCUCCAGAAGCAGGCCCAGGACAUCACCACAGAGAAGCUAACGCUAGCACAACCGCGGCUAGUGGAAGCCAACCAGGAGAAGCUAGCAUUAGCGCAACCGCGGCUAGUGGAUGCUAACCCAGAAGGGCUAACGUUAGCGCAGCAGCGCAUACACAGACACAUGGAGCGACGGCUAGCCAUGAACAACAUGACCUAUGAGGUCGUACAGCAGGGUCACGACCUUCAGCAAUACAUCACCGAAGUACAGUCCUCAGGUAUUCAGCUGACGGCUGAGGGGGAGACUGAUCUGUCCUCUCAGGUGGAGGGGCUCCAUCAGCUUCUACAGGACAAGCAGAAGGAGCUGCACCAGAUAGUCGAACACACACACACACACCUGGAGCAAGGCUUGCAGCUACGCCACCUACAGAGUCAGGUCAACCAGGUAAACACACACACACACACCUGGAGCAAGGCUUGCAGCUACGCCAUCUACAGAGUCAGGUCAACCAGGUAAACACACAC